AUGAGUUUUGCUGCUCUUUUCAAAAAUUGUUUUGAACACAUUAAAGUCAAAUUUUAAAAGAAUUAUUUACCAGCCUAAACACCUAAAUUAUUUAAUUAAAAGAAAGUAUUAGUUUUAGAUUUAGAUGAAACACUUGUUCAUUGUGAAUUCAAAGAAAAUGAAAAUUUUUCACAUGAAGUAUUGCUUGAAGUCGUCCAUAAAGGAUAAGAAUAUUAAGUAUAUUUAAAAACUCGGCCUUAUUUAAAUUAAUUUUUAAUUGAGGCAAGCAAAGAUUAUGAAAUUUUUAUUUUUACAGCAGGUUAUGAAGCUUACUGUUAAGAAGUUUUAAGUUUUAUAGAUAAAAAAAAAUUAAUAACUGAUUCUUAUGCAAGAGGAAGCUGUCAAUUCAUUAAUGGAAUUUGUUAUAAAGAUUUAUUAUUAAUAGAUAGGCCUUUAGAAGAUAUAAUAUUCAUUGAUGUAAAUAAAAAACAAUUAUUAGAACAAUCCAAAUGCUUUUAUAAGAUAUAAGAAUAAUGGAUUAUUAAUUCCAUCAUUUUUAGAUUCUGAUGAGGAUGAUUGUCUUUUAAGAUUAAUUCCAUUUUUAAAAUAUAUGGCUAAAAAAAAAGAUGUAAGACCAGUAGAAUAACAUCUAAAAUACUAUGAGGAUAAUAAUGGUACAAUAGUAUUCAGUGAAGCCUAAAAAACAAUACAAUUAGAAUAAGAAGAACCAGAUGAGGAUACAUUAAGCGAAGGGAAGGUUGUUAAAAAAGAAUAAGAAGUUACGGAUUUGGAUAUCAAACAUAAAAAAACCCAAACUCAAUUAGAAACUGUUAGCAAGAUAAAAAGUAAAUUAAGAAGUGCAACUUUAUUUUCAGGUUCACAAAUUAACUGA